GGGAUUGACAUUAGGCUUGCCGUAGACUCAACAUCAUCUAGCAGCACACGCCAAUGGGAAGAAUUGGACUGAUUGCCGGAUACGAGCUGUUGGCUUAUCAACACUGGUUCUGGCGGUGCUAAAAGACAACGCUAAAAAAGUGUUUUCGGAGUCUCGGCGUUGCAAAAGCUGUUUUGUGCAUCUCCCGGUGGUCUGGGUUCUGGCUGCAAUUUCGAUACUUGACUUAUGUUUCUGAACUAGACGGGACCCUCAGACACUCCACAACCCAAGAUGUCAGCCACUAGUACAACCAGCAGCAGCACCCGCACCUCAACGACCACAAUUCCCCUGACCACCGUCUUCACACCACCGACACAAUGCGCGACUGAUUGGCAAUACGAACCAUCUGCCUACAACGACAAGCGUGAUGGCUUGCUGUUGCAAAAUGUCGUCUCGGUUGUCAGUUCCUGUUUCCCGACCGGAUUCGCCAUGUCGGGAAGAGCCCAAGUACCCCAGGUCUACAGCCCGGGUUGGUGUCCAGUGGGCUACACCUCUGCGGAUGUGCACAUUGACGGGAAGACCACUUCGGCCGUUUGCUGUUACUCGAACUAUUCGUAUUAUACCUCAACGAAGCUAUAUUCCGACCUGCCCCCGGCCAUCUACGCAGGAUGUCUCAGCACGCUCCCAUCGCCUAGCUCCACCAUUGUCUCCGUCCGUGAUCCAAAGUCGAACCAAGGAACACAGGUCUCGGGCCCAUUGACCAUGUGGGCGCAACCUAUCUCCAUCCAACUCCAAGCAACAGACUCGAGCCUAUUCGUAUCGGCAACCACCACCGGCACCGGGGCAACUGCAACAUCGACAUCAGACUCUGCCGCAUCAGAUUCCGGGUCAAGCGGCCUGUCGACAGGAGGAAAGAUCGGUGUCGGCGUAGGUGUUGGUGUCGGCGCCCUCGCCAUCUUCGCUCUGCUUGCAUUCUGGUUCCUGCGUCGUCGUGCUGCCAGCAAGAAGAACGCCACUCCUGAUAUGGCGGCGGCCGCGGUGCCUGCAUACACGAAUCCUUACCCGAACCAAGGCGCAGCGCCUUAUUACGGUCCUGUUCCUGCUGCUAGGUCGGAAUUGGAGAAUACGUCCACGAAGUUUGCACCGCAGCCACCGCCGGCCGAGUUGCAAGGAGAUACCAGAAGACAUAACCACGUUGCAGAGCUUUCUGGUUGAUUGUGUUUUUUUAUUAUUAUUAUGUAUAUAUAUACUCAUUUUCUGAGUUUUCAUGUGUCAAGUUCUGUGUAUACGAGUCUGUGAUAUCCUGUAAUAAUUAAUGUCAUGUACAUACGUUUAGAAUGAUGACAUUCACUCACAAGUAC